AUGCCGGCACACAGCGGAGAGAUAGGCCUAUUGUUACGAAGUUCAAAUCUUACAUUUUCCAUGGCGAAAGUUGGUGGUGUAUCUUUCAGGACAUUUUGGGAUGCUUUAUUUCUGAUCAGUGUGGAUGAAAUCCGCAGUUGAAGAGAUUUUGCUGGAAACACAGCGUGAAGAAAUGUGAAAAACCUUUCUUGACCGAUCUAGAUGGGUUUUUUUAUGUGCUUUCACAAUGAGCCAACACUAAUGCAUACAUAUUACCAAGGCUUAAAAUUGCACUUUGUGCAUGCUGAAAAAUCGUUGCAUAGGUUCGAAACACAUCAAAUGUAUGGCCCAAUAAUAAAAAAAGGGGGAGAGUGGGGACUUAAAGCUGCAGAGGCAAAAUCCACAGCAAGUUAAAAUGACUGGCGUAAAUGUUACCACCCAAAAAGUCAGCCCAGUGGAGUAAAAUGAGGUUCUUGCCAAGCAGAACUUUAUUUAAUUGCUUUAAAUAAAUAUAACUUUAAACUUGGAUGUCAUUAGGUAAAUGCUAUUUUAUAUCCUCACAACUGUUAUGUUUUAUGGAAAGUAAAAUUUACUUGAUAUUAGAAAGUGAGAGUUACUUGAUAUUGCAGCAUUAAAUUUUACUUAAAUCAUUUGCGUGCAAAUACUUACAGUAUGUUUUUUAAACCUUCACUGAAGAAGACAAAAACACCCUUGUAUAAAAACUGCAAAAAUUAUUGAGCAUUUUUAUGUUGACAAAUAGGACUUUUUAAAACGCAUAUUACAAAUGUAGACUACAAACUUGUAGUCUAGUCUGAACAUGCAUAUCUGGCUAUAUCUGACACAAACACCGCAAGAACUUAGAUUUUAGUAAGUGUGCUUGUUUUAUUUAUGGUAGAAAAAAAGUGUCUUUAGUUUACAAGGAACACAGUCACAGACUUCAGACAUGAACUCUGAUCAUAUCUGCCCAAACGUCAACACUCAACCUGAGCAUCACACCAGCAUGAAUGUUUUAUCUGCAUGUUUAAAAUGAUUAUUGAGACAAACAGCUACACUGAUUAUACAUCAAAUCCAUCUUGUUAACAUGGUUUGUGCUUGGGAAGUCCCGUUUGAGACUUGGACACUGAAGCUACAAACUGACUUGACUCAGAUUAGAGCUUCAAACAUCUGAGACUUGAUUGGGACUCUAUGAGGCUUGAAAAUAUGAGGUUUUUUGUUAAUUCGGUCCACUAGUGGGCUGAUAAGAAUCUGUUGCCAUGAAAGCGCAUGAAACUAUCCAUUUGUAGCAGGAUGAAGCACUUUUAAAUCAUUUUUGAUUCAAUAGUUAAUAAUGAAUUGAUUUAUUAUAUAGGGUGGAUUUGUUUGUUUCUUUUGUAGGAUGGGUAAUAAUUGAGAUUGUGUUUAUCUCAUGUAAGCAUUGGGGUCUUGUCUCAUCAAGUCUGGGUCUAACUUGCAUAACCACCCUUCACUGUAGCAUGGCUGGGCCAUCCUGUUGCGUGAAUCACUUGACAUUCCUUCCCACAACAGUCUGGACUUCGGCCCAUAGAGAGCGUGUAUUCCCGAUCAGAAAAUAACCGGGCCAAUCAGAGACCGUGUUUCCACUGUUACCCGGACAACAGGGAAAGGCAGCCCCUGAUUGGUCCAUGUACUACUGUAACCAAUCACCGUAACCAAGCAUCUGUGAUGAUGUCAGAUGCUUGGUUACGGUGAUUGGUUACAGUAGUCUGUCUAUCAAGGAAAGUACUCCCGUCCACUUUCAGGGCUUCCAAUGGGCCGAAGUCCAGACUGUUGUGGGAAGGAACGUCAAGUGAUUCACGCAACAGGAUGGCCCAGCCAGGCUACCUUCACUGGGCCAUAAGUUAUCACUCAAAAGUGUGUUUUUCAUCAAAACGUGAUGAUAUUUUUAAAAGAUGUUGUUGUUAUUUUAAAUUCAAAUCAGAUGGAACAUUUCCAUGGAAACCUCUAGAGUAACAAAAACGCACCUUAAUACUGUAGAAGAUCAUUGCGAGGCAAGCACUUGACCGAGCAGCAUCUCAUCGCGUCAUCAGAGCAGAAUAUCGAUUUGACAACAGCAAGUAUACGAAUUAACCUUUGCCAAACCUCUGAAACUAUCACACAGUUUCAAGUUUGUGAAUUUCCUGAGAAGAUCUUUUUUCCUGUCAACGAAGUUUGUUUAAGAUCUUUUACUGUUUAAUUUUCAUCAUCUCUGUGCUGCCAUGGACAGAAGAUUUCCUGUUUUUUUCUGAGUGCUGUCCAGCUGCAGCAACCUCAGAACCAGUUCUCUGACUCUUAUAUUAUACAGCGUUUGCGAGAAACUCUCUUUACCACAAUUAAUGAGGUGAAGCUCCUCAAAGAGGAAAAUAAAGCGCUGAAGGACUCCAUCCAUCAACAGGGAGAAUCCGAAAGGCCGAAUGUGACCCAGCUCCAGAAGGAGGUGAAGCUAAAAGAUGAUCUUCUCCUGAAAGCUGCUCAAAAAGAGCAGGAGAUGACCAGGGCCUACAUAAUCACCUCAGACCUGCUGGCUCUAAAAGAGGAGGAGGUUAAAAGCCUAAAAGAGGAGCUACACCUCAAAGACAGCCUCCUGGAAAGUGUUGUGAAGAAGGACGCUCUAGCCUCAAAAGAGAUGGAGAUUAAGAGUCUCAGAUAUAAUCUCAGAAGGGAGCUAGCGUGCAAGGAAGACCUCCGGGCUGAGAUGAAGGAGAAGGUCCAUGAAAACCAAGCCAAUGAAAAGCUGGAGGUGAGCAGGCUCCAAGAGGAGCUUAAGUCAACAAAAGAGCUCCUGGGUAGGGCCAUCAAACAACGACGCAAGAGAACUAAGGCCUACCUAGAUACUAUGGACCUGCUCAACAAGAGGAGCUUGGAGCUGAAGAGGACCGAGGAGCACUGGAGACUUAAGUGCAAUGAGCUGCAGAAGAGUCUCGAUGAGCAGACCAGCAACCUGCAGGUACUUCAGAGCUCAGAUAUAUGACAGUAGCUAUAGAUCCAAAUAAUCUCAGAUUCUGUAGAAAAGAACUUCAACUUUUACUGAAUGAUCUAACACACAGUUUCUUUCUCAGCUCUCUUCUCAGAUACUCGUCCUCGAUAAAACAGCUAAACACCAGCUGGACCUCUCAGAGGAGGGAGAACAAGAAGAGGAGAUGGAGAAGAAAGAGGAGAAAAGAGAGGAGGAGGAGAAUAAACAAGAGGAGGAGAAGGAGAAGAAGGAGGAGAAAAAAGAGGAGGAGGAGGCAAAACAAGAGGAGAAAAAAGAGGAGGAGACAAAACAAGAAGAGGAGAUGGAGAAGAAAGAGGAGAAUAAACAAGAGGAGGAGAAGGAGAAGAAGGAGGAGAAAAAAGAGGAGGAGGAGGCAAAACAGGAGGAGGAGCAGGAGAAGAGUAAACAAGAGAAGGAGGUGAAGAACAUGUUAAAUGAAGAGAAGGAGAGAGAGAGAAAAGAGGAGGAGAAAGAGAAAAAGAAAGAGGAGCAGGAGGAGAAGAAGUCCCCUGAAGAGAAGGGGUCAAAAAAGGAUGAGGAGGAGAAAUUGAGUGAAGGAGAGAAAAUGAACAAAGAAAAACACGACAAGAAGAAGAAGAGGAAGAGAAGGGGACAGAAAAAACGAUAA